CCCCUUUCUCUCUCUGUUCCUCUUAUUUGAGAUCAUAUUUCACAUCAUUCACAUCCUGUGUAAAUUUUUCAAAACCCUAAUUUUCUGUUUAUGUACAUAACCAGAUCUGUAUGUCUAAUAAUUAUCUACUUCACAUCCUUCAUUCUUGUAAAGUAGACCUGCUACUGUUUUCUUUAUAUCUUAUCAGUUAAAUGUUCAAUAAUUCUCAUUAAUCCCAAAGAAAAACAAGGGAUUCAAUGCUCUGCAUUUUGUGAAAAAUAUUUGGUCAAUGCUGGUAGAUUUUCAGGCUAGAAAUAGGGAGAUUUUAUGUUCGGAAGGCCUAUUGGGCAAUUAGAAUCGGAUAGAUAGCUCAAGGAGAAAGGUUUCUUGAAGUGAGCAAAAUUCCGAUGGGUGGCUCGAAAAUCGAGGGGUCGUCAGCCCUAUCGGUGCGGAGAGAUCCCUAUGAGGUUUUGGGUGUUACGAAGGAUUCUUCCGAUCAAGAGAUAAAAACAGCUUACAGAAAACUUGCUCUCAAGUAUCAUCCUGAUAAAAAUGCUGACAAUCCUGAAGCUUCAGAACUUUUCAAGGAGGUUGCAUAUUCGUAUGGCAUUUUAUCUGAUCCUGAGAAAAGGAGGCGAUAUGAUAUGGCUGGAUUUGAGGCUCUAGAUGUGGAUGGAAUGGAUAUGGAAGUUGAUUUGUCCAACCUUGGAACUGUUAACACAGUGUUUGCAGCUUUAUUCAGCAAGUUGGGAGUCCCUAUUAAGACUACCAUUUCCGCUAAUGUUCUUGAGGAGGCUUUAAAUGGAACUGUCACAAUCAGGCCUCUUCCAAUUGGAACAUCAUUUAGUGCAAAGGUCGAGAAGCAAAGUGCUCAUUUUUUUGGUAUAACAAUUAGCGAGGAACAAGCUGUUUCAGGGAUAGUAGUUAGAGUAACCUCAGCUGCUCAAAGCAAAUUUAAGCUACUUUAUUUUGAGCAAGAUAUAAAUGGAGGUUAUGGGCUGGCCUUGCAGGAAGAUAGUGAAAAAGCAGGGAAGGUGACAUCAGCAGGGAUGUAUUUCUUGCAUUUUCUGGUUUAUAGAAUGGAUUCAACAGUAAAUGCGUUAGCAAUGGCCAAGGAUCCGGAAGCUGCUUUUUUCAAAAGGCUGGAAGGCCUUCAACCUUGUGAAAUCUCAGAGCUAAAGUCUGGCACUCAUAUUUUUGCUGUUUAUGGGGAUAACUUCUUUAAACCUGCAACGUACACAAUUGAGGCUCUUUGUGCCAAGACAUAUGAGGAUACAACAUGUAAGCUGAAGGAUAUUGAGGCUCAGAUUCUAAGCAAGAGAAAUGAGCUUCGACAGUUUGAGACAGAGUAUAGAAAGGCUUUAGCACGUUUCCAGGAAGUCACCAACAGAUACAGCCAGGAGAAGCAGUCAGUUGAGGAACUUCUUAAACAACGAGACACCAUCCAUUCUUCCUUCACCAUCACAAGGGCAGUUGCUAAUGUUGGUGGUAAUGGGAGUGGACUUUUCAGUAAUGGAAGUAGCAGUAGACCUCCUGGCGAAGAUUUUAAGGCGGAGAGUCCAGAAGAUGGAAGUUCAGAGUCCAAGAAGAAAAAAUGGUUCAAUCUUAACCUCAAAGGAUCUGAUAAAAAACUUGGUUAAAAGGAUUAUUAAAAAAAGAAAAAGAAAAAAAAGAGCUUGAAAUUCAAUUCUUUUAAACCAGGUGGCUUGCUGCCCAUUUGCUGCCUGUGGGAGUUACCACCAUGUAAUUUUGUCCAAUUUGUUUGAGUAUUAUAUUAUUUUUUUUUCUAGAAUUUUGUGAUAGCCAUUCACCUGCAAAAAUGUUCAAAAAUAUAAAUAUUACCAUGUAAAAUUGUAAAUGUGUCAAUUCAUGCAUUGCACUGUUAUAGUGCAUGAGCUGAUACGCAGCAUGCAAGUUCCUAUUGUAUAUGCAUUAGAAAUUUUAUGGUAGACUUUACAUGUCAA